AUGAAUUUUUGCUAUUUUUCAUAGCUUUGGCCAAAACAAAGUUUUUCAGCAGCUCAUGAACGUACAUUUGGAAUAAUAGAACGAUUAAUUCAUAAUAAGAUAAAGACAUAUUACAUAACUCCUUAAGAUAAAAAGAAAGCAGAUCAUAUACGAUAAUACAUAGAUUUGAAAUGUCAUUAAGCAGAUCCAUCAAAUUCAAGCAGAGUGAAUCAUGUUUUAAGUAGAAUAGUAUCACCUACAGUAAGUAUAUUUGACACACAUGUAUCAGAAUGUUUGUACAGUCAUUAUGUACAUUAAGUAUUCUAAAAUUGUGCUAAAGUGUUAGAUCUAUAAGAUUUACAUAGUUUAAGAUUGAAAAGAGAAGGUUUACUUACUCAAGAAUUAAUAAACAAAUAAGUUUUAUAAGCGAAACCAGAAUUAGGUGAUGAAGUGACAGAUAAAGAGAUGGCUUCAAUAAUAAGGAGUGAUCUCAUUAUUGCAUGUUCAGAUUAUGAAAUGGAAUUGAUUAAACAUUUAAAUAAGAAAGUAUAAUUAGUAACAUUCUUUUAUCCAACAACAAGAUCUUUAGAUGAAGAAGAUAAAUAAGCCUUGGAACUUAAAAGGCAUCAUUAUAAAAGAAGACACUUUGUAUUUUUGGGAAAUAUGUCACAUCGACCGAAUUAUGAUGCGGUUAAAAGAUUAAGAGAUAGAAUUUGGCCUAUCAUUAAUAAGGCACUUCCAUAAGCAUAAUUACAUAUUUAUGGUAGUAAUUUCCCUUAAGAUUUUGUUACUAAAGAAUCUGAUGGAUUUAUGUGUAAGGGUUUAAUGAAAGAAAUAGAUAUUUUAGGUAAAUAUAGAGUUAUGCUUGCUCCUUUAAGAUUUGGUGCUGGAGUUAAGGGAAAAAUUACAGAUGCUUGGAGAGAAAUGUUACCUGUUGUUACUACACCUAUAGGUGCUGAAGGAUUGUUCCUUUAAUCCAGUUAAGCUCUUAAAUAUGAAUGUGUUAAUCAAAUCUAAUCUAGAUUCUACUCUGAUAUGGAACCAGAUCGUCUAACUCCAUAAAUUAAAAAAGAAGGUUUAGAUGAAGAAGAUUUUAUGAGAAAAUAUUAUGCUUAUGAAAAUACAGAAGAAAUGGCUAAGAAAUUGAUAUUUGGAGGUAGUUUCAAUAAUUGGACUGAUGAACAAUUUGCUGAUGAAGCCAUUAAACUCUAUUAGAAUGAAGAUCUAUGGUUAGAAGCUGUUGAAAAUUCAUAAAACAUCUUAAAAAGAAGAAUGGAUACUCUUGUUAAUGAAAAAUUAUUAAUGAAGUCAUUAUCAGAAACUUAAACUAAUCUUCCAUCUAUGAGAAGAUCAGAUGUUUUAUAAAAAUUAACUUGGAGUGAAACAUUACGGUCUAAUUAUCAUUUUGCUAAAUAUCUAGAUUAAAAAAGAAAAAAUGUAGAAUUAUAAGCUAAAUUAAAAUCUUAAGAUUGA